UGCAGAGUGAGGUUGGCGGCAGAUCUGUAUUGUAUGCUCAGGUCGCUCGUUGAUUCAGCUGUUCUAGGUAGUCUACUUGGGUACAGAUGAACUUGACUAUGGAGUAAUCGAAACAACGCUCCGUGUUUCUCCACACAUGACGUGAUUCAGGGACAGGAUAGAUUAAUGUGCAGUGAAUUUUGUAAUAUCCAUGUUCCUUUUUUGAUCAUUUAUAUAGACUGUUCGCAUGAAAUAAGAUUGAACUCAAUUCUCAUAUUCAGAUUGAUGUGAAUUUUUUUUCUCAACCAUGAUGAAGUCUCCUAAUUAGGGUUGAACCGUGGAUUAGAAAAUAUGAAUCUGCUUCUGCCGACGUUUGUAUUAGCAUAGUCGAGGUGCUCCUUCAUGCAUGUCAUUUGUUGAAUUUGGUCCGCUUGGUAAAUCAGCUGUCGCAUUAGCGAUGGCGUCGCGUUCAGAUAGCGGAAAUGACACAAGGGGAUCUUCAGAAUCAGACAAUUCCCCUACACCUACACCCACCCGACACAUGAAUCACCCUAGGCCAUUUCCUCACCAUAAACUACAGCCUAUUAAAAUAUUACCUCGAUCACCCCCUCAUGAUGACAAAAUUCUCCAACAAAAACAUUCUAUCACGAAUAUUACAUCCAAUAAACAACUGUCCAACGUGACUAGCUCAGUUUACCUCAAUGGAUGCGGCUCCCAAGUACCUCGCACUUCGCUCUCUCCAAAGACUCCUAUCAAUACCAAAACGACCCCUAUAUCUCGCACUACACCUACCAUAGCGCCAAUGCAAAGAUCUACUUCUCAUAGUAGUCAUGUGCCUGGAAGAUCAUCUAGUAACUACCCUAUUGUAAACGCAAGAAUGGUUCCUUCAAACCAGUCCUUCACUACGAGUCGGUCAAACCAUUUGAGCCCUCCUCAGCUACCGUCAAGGUCUUCUACAGCUAAUAUUAAUAGCAAUAACUUGAAUCAGUCUCUGCCUCCAAGAGUUUCGACGUCACCUAACAGUGGUACUUCGUCUCUUUCGAAUCGCAAUACGCCCACUAAUUGUACUUCUCGUACGGCUACUGCGAGUACACCUCUAUCAUCUCGUGCUACACCGACCAACCCUCAGUCGAAUCGAACAACACCCUCUAACACUCCUCUCAUAUGCCGUUCUUCUCCGACGAAUAUUGCCACCUCCUCUCAGUCUCGGUGUACUCCUUCAUCCACCCCUGUGUCUCGUAAUCCGGCUGUGCGACCGAUUACUUCCCAGAGAUACGUACCAAUGUCAACAGCUCCGAGCAUGACUUCCAACCGAGCCCAGCCUUUCCGACCUCUACCUAGAAGGCCACCAAACAGCGGUAUGGGAUCUUCAGGCUCUGUUCACACUCUAGGGCUCCCUACACCACUCAGUUCUCUAUCUGGACUGAACUCGUUUAGUACCGUGAUGACGUCUUCAGUGUGUAACAACCUCGCAUCCAGCAUGGGCUGUGCUGGCAUGGGAUCUCUCGGGGGCCUCAACAGCUUGGGGACUACUGGUUCUUCGUCAUCGGGCUUGUCUGGAUCGCGUGGGCGUCAGAGGAACAGUGUUGCUGUUGUGGAUUCUCGUGAUCAUAUCUACGAGGAGCUCGACAUCAGGGGACCCCCGAAAUUGACGCCAAUCUCUGGUGUCUUACCUCAGGGCAAGGUGGUCAUCAGACCCAUCGCCUACCGUCCCGCCGCCCCAAGUCCGGCCCAGCUGGCCCAGGGCCUCUCAGCUCCAUCAGGGCCCAUUGCGGGGGUGGGGGGACGACCACCUCAAGACCCCCGCUACAACUCCACUCCCGCCCUACCUCGCGGCACCGCCCCCCACUACGGCAGCCUGGGUGACCUGAAGAGUCUGGGUUACUCGCUGGACCGACGUGGCCUGGGUACACCGCUGAACCAUACAGCGCCCUCAGCUGGCGACCCUUCUUCCUUUUCGAACCCUCAGGGUGCAGGGACUGGCUACCUCAAGCAUGCCAGCCUUACUCACCUCCAUCACGUCGAUCAUCAACCUCAUUCAGACAUUUUUAUCUUCCACCAGAACAGUUCAAAAAACAAUGGCAACAGUUCGUCCAUCUACUCCAACACCAACACUGGGAGUCUUAAUCAUUCUUGUGAUAGCAGUAAUUUAAAUAAUACCCAUACAAACUGUGACAGUUUGGUUACCAGUCCGAGGUCGUUGGAUAACAGUAAUGGAGAUACCAGCGAAAGUCCCUGCGAUGCUUCUCCUGUGCGACCUCCUUCUCAGCACAAACCUCCAUCUGGUUACAGCGCAAGUACACAUGAUUCACCUGACUCGCCUCCAGUUUGUUUACUUCCAAGCAAACAAACUCAUAGUCACCAGAUUGUUUAUUCAAGUAACUCAUGCCCCGCUGGUCAGGGUGAACCUACGUCGUUGCAGAUCACCAACAGUCCUCAUAACCGGACAUCUCAGUCGAACAUUCAAAGAUAUGAUAACGCCAAAAAUUAUCUACCUACAACGCCGCCUAAUCAUUGUGACCCUACGAACAAUAUGACUCAUUCAAUGGUUUCUUCGUCCAAUGUUCCGUCAUCAGGCCACCACCAGCAUCAUUACCAUCAUCUCCAUCACCACCACCACAGGAUGGGAGGAUCGGUCUCCAAUUUAAGUCGUCUCAGCGCGGCUGGCAUCGCUGGUUCUAAUGUCGCCCUCGAUAGGUCAGCUUCAGUGACCGGUGCUAAUUUGGGCCUCACUAGAUCUUCCGUGAACGGCUCGAUGACUGAACUCGAUGAUCCCUCGCAACAAACGCCGUCGCCAUCCGACUCAGGAGUCGCUGAACUUGAAGCCAUUCUUAAAGAGAAAGAUUCAGAGAUCAGUUUACUCAAAGAGAGCAUGGAGCAGAGUGAACAAAUUAUUUUUAAGGUAUACGAGGAAAAAGAGAAGACGUGGGAACGUGAACUGAAGAAAAUCCGCGACAUGUAUGAGGCUCGCCUCAAAGCAUCCCAGCAAAAAAUAACAAGUCUUGAACAAUCACUGAAUUCUCACGCCUAUCAGGUUCAGCAAGAGCGGCGUAAGGUGUCCGCUGAGGCGGCAGAGGCGCGCAGGGAGCGCGACGCAGGAAGGGGACAGCAGCAGCAGCUUCAGCAAACCAUCGGCUCCCUACGGUCCCAACUCGAGGAGACGGAGUGGGGGCUCUGUCAGAAGUCGGGUGAGAUCUCAUUGCUGAAGAGUCAAUUAAAAGAUGUUCAAGGCGACCAAACAAGUCGAGGUCACGAACUCCUGCACCUGCGAGCUCAGCUGCGUCAGUACGCUCAGGAGGUCGAGCGUCGCCGCGCUGAGAUCGCCUCACUGCACGAGCUCACCGCAACGCUGCGCAAAGAAGCCGCUGAGCUGAGAGCUGCACAGCUGACAUCCUCUGGGGGCGUAGCUGCUCCUGCUGAUGGCGAUGCUGAUCAGCUUAGGAAGGUAACACAAGAGCUCAUGCUGCUGCGUGAAGAACGCGUGCGUGAGCGUGAACGCAUCACAGAAGAGCGCAGCCGCUGGCAGCAGGAGAAGGAGAGCGUGCUGCGCUACCAGCGUCAGCUACAGCUUGCCUGUCAGCACGCUCAGCGCACCAACCGUAGACUGCAGCACGAGAUGGCUCGUUUACAUGGACAGGAAACCCAGCCCACGUCCCCCACUACUCCCCCUCCAGCUGUGCCGCCUCUGCCCCCGGGGUACAACCUUCCACCAUCACCCCUCCCUCCCCCACCCGGAGUGCUCUCUGAAGAAGCCCUAUGUUAGUGAGCGACAACUGACAAGCCCUUUCGUGAACCAUAGCAAACUGAAAAGCCGUUUGAUGAUCCAUAGGAAACUGACAAGCCCUUGGGUGAACCAUAGUAAACUGACAAACACUUUGGUGAUCCAUAGGAAACUUGACAAGCCCUUUGAUGAUCUAUAUGAAACUGAUGAGCCCUUUGGUGAUCCAUAGGAAACUGACAAACACUUGGGUGAUCCAUAGAAAACUGACAAACCCUUUUGGUUGAUUCAUAAGAAACUUGACAAGCCCUUUGGUGAUCAAUAUGAAAUGAUAGGCCAUUUGGUGGUCCAUAGAAAACUUACUUGUUCAAAUGCUCUCUGACACUGAAACAGGAUGGUACGUUCGGAGCCCAAUGCUAAUUGAUAGAAUUUUUAUACGCCCGUUAAUAUUCAGUCCUCGUGAAUACAUUGGGUGAAGGACGACUCUUCAGAAACCAUUGUUGGUCUCUUUGUUGGUCCGUUGUCGUGAAGCGACGCCUGUGACAUUUGUUUGAAAGCUAUAUCUUUGAUGUCCUUUCUUUGAGGGUAGUGUUGUGUAUACUGUACCUCUCGUCUAGAGCAACUCAUUCAGUUUUUAGUUGAAACUUUUAUUUGUGAAUUGUCGCGGAAAGCUUCAUUCUCUAGAACGCAAAUUUCGCAAUAUUCUGCAACGAAUACAAAGUAAAUCUUUACCUUGUUAUCGAAUUUUCUUGAUUCCAGUCUAGAAUAUUGUUCAAUUGUAUAACUACGAGGAAUUGUGUUCAUGCCUUUCAAGGAUUAAUUGUUAGCUGCUCAUCAGAGGUCUGUUUUAAUUGGGUAUUUGCUGAUAAGCUGGAACGUUUUACACUCGCUCUGUCAUGUUGGCAAAUCUAACGGUGCUAUCUGAGUAGGCUUUAAAGCAGCAUGAAAUUUAUGAAUGUAAUUAUUGUCCCAGAAGUAUAUAAGGGGUGUUUAGAACUUGUAUACUUUUUAAUAAAAUAAGCAUCAAUUCGUUUUUUUUUUAUUUAAAAUUAUGAAUUUUUUUAUCAUUCAACGUUCAGACCUGAUGUCCUAUCUUAGUUUUACUUUUGUAAGCGAUGCUAAACUAUUCCGAGGACUGCUUAUAAAAAGUUACUUCCUGCUGUGCUAUUAAUACUAUAUUACGGGUUUGAAAGCGAAUGUUCUUCUUGUUCCUUUCCGGCUUUUGUUUUAGUACCUAAUUUUUUAGAUCUGCAGUGACCAUCUUUCAGGAGGAGUUCUGACGCGUGUCUGUGCUCCUCAGAAGUCCUAUGGAAUUUCACGCUCUUAGGGGGAUUGUUCUUGAGCUCCCCACCGCUGAGCUCGUGGUGUCAGACUGCGGGCUUCAGUUGUGGGGUACAGUUGUUAUGUAGGUAGGAUUCCUUACAUUUCCCUUCUCUGUCUCUCUCGUGCGGGCGGCUGACGCCCCGUGUAAGCGACCUCUUUUUCGAGUGUCUUGUUUUCUGUUGAUUUUCACCUGUCCCUCCUUGUCACUUCGUCUCUUAGAGAUGCUAACGCUACUUCUUUCUCGCCACCUCCAGCUGGCUGGACAAUAGAGACCUUCCGCCCCUUGUGGGUGAUGAAAAAUGUUUUGAUUUAAGAAAAUUUCAAUAAAUGAGACCUUCCACCUUGUUGGUGAUCUUCAUCUAUACUUUCGGCGCGAGAUAGCUAAAUAGUGGAAGCACUCGGAGUGUUUCUCUGGUGUCUCUAUUAUGAUGGCGUGCUAAAGGUCGUUGAUUACAAUGUACAUAAAUAAACAUUACUCUGAUUUCAGUAGUGUCUGUAAACACACUGUAAUCAUACAGUACAUAUGUAAUAUACAUAAUCGUCGUUAAGCACCAUGUGUAUAACUAAACGUUACUCUGAUGUCAGUAUGUCUGUGAACUCACUUUCACUUCGACUUGGUAUUUUUCGAUUUUUUUUUCAUUGAUUGGCUGCGAAUUUAUUUACUGUUUUCCAAAAUAAGUAUUAUCAUAAUGGUAAAUUCAUACCGCACUCCUGAAAACGUAGCUUCAUUCGUUGAGCUGCUGACCUUUUCAAUGAUGAGACUUCAAGAAUGCCUUUCAACACGCAUUGGUUUGGAUUUGAAAGGCUAUGUUGAUGUAUCUAAAAUUACUUCGUCAAUAAAGGUCGGGAAUUAUUAGAACUAUAUUUACUAGUUGCAUAUAUGUGUACAUUGUUCUCUUUCAAGUAUUUCGGUCGAUCUCUCCUACGAUCUAGUUCUCUUGGCUACGUUUGUAUUACAGUUUCCUUCUUAUUAAAGUAAGCUUGCAUCAUAGUACGCUCUACUAUCUAGUGCUCCUAGUCUGGUUGUAUUUGUUUGUCAGGUAAAAAAGUUAUCUAUGACAUACAUUGUCCGUUGCUUAUUGUUUUGAGUGGCGUAUUUUGCUUAUGUGUUAAGUACAUGAAUCUGUUGCA